UUCAGAAGCGACAGAAAGCAGCAGCAGGAUGGAUGUGACAUCACACUGCAGCGGCUCUGACAUCACUGAGAGCGGAGCCAAUAAGAUCCCAAUCCAAUCAGAAUGCAUCUCGAGCCAGCCGACAGCCAAUGGGAAGCUCCCACAUCACAACGCAGAGGAAGCUCCCCCGCCUCUCUCUGAUAGGGCAGAAGAUGGUGACAUCAGUGAUGACUCUUUAACCUACACCAAUGACAUCUCUCGCCUCCUGCCCACACAGCCGGCUUCCGCACUCCGAAAACAGAAAGGUGUGGACAGCUCAUCAGUGUCUCCUCCUCCCGUCUGUACUCCUCCAUCUUCCUCCGUCACCUCUCCUCCUCCUUCUCGGUCAUCCACCUGUAACAGAAAAAGCUGCAGCCUUCCUCAACAUCAUCAUCAUCAUCAUCAUCCACACAGCACCAAUCAGAAGCGUCUCUCCUCCUCUAAAAGCCACGGCUCCAUCAAGACAGACGCCGCCCACAUUAAGGAGGUUGCUGGAGAUGACUGUUGCGUUCACUGUCUCCUGGCCUGUCUGUUCUGCGAGAUGCUGUCCAUGUGUUCGGCUCUGGGAGAGUGUCUGGUGUGCGGAGUGGGCGGGGCCGGGUGUUGCGACGCUGCCACUGGCUGUUGCUGCUGCGUGGAGGCGGCAGGGGAGGCGGCCUGCACAGAGGAGGCGUGUCAGGCCGUGUUGGAUUGUGGGAUAAUGGAGGAUUGUUGCGGCUCGUCGGACUGCUUGGAGAUCUGUCUGGAGUGCUGCUCCAUCUGCUUCCCCACAUAGAGCAGCCAAUCAGAAAGGGACUACAAGAUGAUGUCAGAGCAGGUUCCUCACACCUGUCUGUCUUCAUAACUCUGUUGUGUUUGGCCCGGAGACGUCGUGGACAAACAUCACGUUAUUCUCCAUUUUUGAAAGUUUAAAUCGUUUUUCUUUUAUUGGUUUUGUUUUUUCCGUCUUCUGGAUCGAAUGAACAAAUGAUGUAAGGUUCUGAGCUGAGAUCGCUGCUAACCAGACGAGUGAGAAGGAGAGUUCAAGUUCACCUGCAGUCAUCUGUAUCAAACAUCAGCCAGAGCAGAGAGACAUUAAACAUGUUGAUCUGUUCUGAUCAAGUGUCAGAUUAAUGGAUUAUUGAUGCAUUCAGGGACGGGCGAAAAUACAUCAAAAUGUAUUUUAAAAUAAGAGACCAAAUACCUUCAUUUUACGUGCAUCAAAUACCUUCAUUUUACGUGCAUCAAAAUAAACCGUGACUUGUAUCACAGUAAACUUUUCAAAAAUCUAAGCAAGAAAACUACUAAAAACUUUUAAAAACUUAUGUUUGUAUACAAAUUUUGCUUGUUUGUCCGCCAUCUUGGCCAUUUUUCCGUAAGCUGACGAAGCCACGCUGGUUUGUGGGUAACAGGCAGCAUCGAGGCUGCCUUCAAAACCGGCUGUUACGGGGCAGUUUGAAGGGAGGAGGAAGAGCUCGUUCGAGACGUUUGGAACAGCACUUGCUGUCCUGUUAGACCGCCUGAGACAGCAGUUUAGCCCGUUUCCAACCCAGCCAGACGAUUUAGCCGAUGCUCCUAAAACAAACAUCAAAACUUAACAGGAACUGUUAAGAAUUGUAGCAGUUUAUGCUAAAAAUCAGAUUUAAUUAGAUCUGCACGUUUCCCACCUUCAGGUUUUGAUCUGAUCUCAACAAGUCUGAGCAGAUUUCAGAGCAGGCACCAAUCAGAGGCAGCGUUUUAUUGAUGUCAUCACGUAGACCCUAUCAAAUACAAAUGACAACAUCCUGUUUUGUACUGAAAGACGUGUUUUAAAUGUCUCAUGAAUACUGGCCGUCCCUGCAUGAGUUCAUCGCAUUAAUGUUGCAGCUGCUGAAGGCGGAGCUCGUUUAAUGACACUACGUAAUUAGUUGAUUAUAUUUUGUGUUAAUACUCAAGUUAUCUGAAUAAAUGCAGUGAAAAGUACAACAUGUGGUGUCUGAUGUCUCUGACUGAGAGGACGGACGUUCCUGUUGUUCUGCAGCAGAAGCGAUCGGACUCGUCCAGCUCGUCUCUGUGUUUCCGUGAUUGACAGCUCAGGAGGCUGGCGAGGCGGGGCGGGGCAGGAAGUGUGUGUUUGUUGGAGCGGCGUGCCAGGACGUCCAAACAGGAAGCAGGAAACGACUGAAAUGACAACGCCACCUGACCUCUGACCCCGGGACGAUCAAAGCGACACACACACACACACACACACACUGAUCCCAAACAGUUCAAAGAGCUUCGGAUGACGUUUUAAAGCUGAGGGUCGGGGCCCUCGGAGGGGCCAUCAGAUAAAAAACAGGAAGAACACGUUGUUUCUUUCAUUCAGACGUUCCUCUAAACAACAGCCAGGAACACGAGUGCUGCCUAGAGGACUAGAUGUGACUGAUUAUACUACAUGUGUUUUUUCUCAUGUACUUGUUGUAAUACCUGACAUGGUUGUUAGUAGCAUUGAGCUUUUGACUGUUGGUUGUGAAGUCGGUCAGGGGAUCGAUGGAGGAAAUAAUCCGCAGAUUGAUCCAGAAUGAAACGAAUCAUCAGCUGCAGUCUGAAACUAAACAGUUCAGAAGGAGCUGCAGCAGCAACAUCCUGCUUUACAUUAACGAGGAGGAAGAAGAAUUUAUAAAAUCACAACAGUUUAUCUUCACAGUGUGGUAUUUGUACUUUUUCUGCAGUAAAGGAUCUGAAUACUUUCUCAAGCACUGCGAGCUGGUGAGAAGAUGUGGGCAUGCUCAGACAGAGGAGAGGUCAGGUGUGUACCUGCUGCAGUCUGAUUGGUUACUGCCACCUGGUGGUCAGACUGCAGCAGCUCUGAAAUCACCUCAAGUCCUUCUGUCACAGACAACAGUGUGCUGCACCAUCAGGCUGGACACCCGCACUCACCUGUCACUCACCUGUCACUCACCUGUCACUCACCUGUCACUGGAACGUGGCUUUUUUUGUGGACUGAGAGAAGUUAUUGUUAUUAUGAUUUUAUUGAUGAAGGAGCAAACGUAUCAAAUUACCCUAUUAAUAAAUACUGUAUAUUUGUAAAUUAAGGGAUUUUAUUUAUGACUUUAUUGUUGUCAGUUUUAUU